AUGAACUCGACAGCAAAAUUUUCCGGCAAUAAUGCUGGAGUACAAGUUGGCCAAAAUGACGGUCAAAUAACCUGCAAUUACUUCAACCAACCAGCUGAUUCAAAGGUUAUUAAUCCUGAGCUUGAUAAAAUGCGAAUUGAAGAAGAGAAAGGCGGCCUGCUUCGAGACUCAUACCGCUGGGUGCUCAACCAUGAUGAUUUCAAAAAAUGGAAGAACACUACAGAUGGCCAGCUGCUGUGGAUCAAAGGUCAAGCUGGCAAGGGCAAGACUAUGCUGAUUUGCGGCAUCAUCGAUGAGCUUUCAAGCACAGCUGUCCAAGAUAAUGUCAACAUUGCCUACUUUUUUUGCCAAGCCACGAAUAAUCGUAUUAACAGUGCUACAGCGGUUCUGCGAGGACUGAUCUAUAUGCUUGGGAAGCAACAGCCUCUUCUCCAGGCCCAUGUUCCUGCAAGUUUCCCUAACAACGAAAACGAAUGGUUCAUGCUAUGUGGCGUCUUUCGGGAGAUACUUCGAGACUCUGCCAUGAAAACCACUCACUUUUUGAUCGAUGCGCUUGAUGAGUGUACUAUUGAUCAAGAGAGACUUCUCAAAUUCCUUGAAGAGCACUCAACUGGCUAUUCACGUGUGAAGUGGAUCGUUUCCAGUCGCAAUUUGCUACGUAUUGAGGAAUAUUUAGACAAUACAGCAGGAAUUCGGCUUCAGCUGGAGCUUAACGAGCACAAUUUAUCUGCUGCUGUUAGUUCCUUCAUCGAUUACAAAGUGGAAAAAUUAAGAUACACCCCUGAAAAUAAAAAAACUGUCCAUGAUCAUUUGACAAAAAAUGCACAGGGAACAUUUCUCUGGGUAGCCUUGGUUUGCAAGCAAUUGAAAGAUGUCCGGCCAAGACAUCUACAGAAAAGGCUCAAGGAUUUCCCUCCUGGGCUUGAUGAAUUCUACGGUCGAAUGUUAAGCUUCAUUCAGAACAAGGAUGAUGACACCGAGCUAUGUCUGUCGUUGCUCGGAAUCGUUACAACUGUUUAUCGUCCUAUCACAUUGGAUGAGCUAUCGUUGUAUCUUGAUUCCCAAGAUGAACUCACCAGCGAUGAUCUCCAAGAGAUUGUAAAGCUCUGUGGAUCUUUUCUUACUCUACAAACUUGCACAAUCACCUUGAUUCAUCAGUCCGCACAAGAUUUCCUCUCGAAGCAUUUAUUUAAAACUACUCCUCCUAAUGGGAUACAAGAGAUACACUAUUCUAUCUUUUCAAAGUCUUUAGAAAGUGUGCAUGCAAAUUUGAAGCGGGAUAUAUACAACCUUGGGAAUGAUACGGUUUCUAUUAGUGAAGUCAAGCAGCCAGAGCCGGAUCCACUAGCCACAAUGCGGUAUGCAUGUCUCUUCUGGGUAGAUCAUCUCAAUGACUACUUUCGCAACAAUGAGACAAGUGAACAGAUUCAGGAUACUAUGCUUCUUGAUACUUUUCUUCGCCAGGACCUACUCCAUUGGCUUGAAGCUCUUAGCUUGAUUAGAAACUUGCCAGAAGGAGCUAAAUCUAUGCUAACGCUUGAAGGAUUAUUAAAGGCAAGAGCAAGAGAUACAGAAUUGAUCCCUAGAGUCCAAGAUGCGUACCGGUUUAUUAUAUACCACAAGGCGAUGUUAGAGGAUUAUCCAUUUCAAGUCUAUACUUCUGCAACAUUUUUCACCCCGCUGGCAAGCAUGACAAGGACUCAAUUUGAGCCUAAGGACCUAUCAUGGAUAAGUGGGAAACAUAUUGUGGAAGAAAGCUGGAGUGCGUGCCUACAGACGCUGCGGGGCCACGAAGAUUGGGUCAAUUCGGUCGUCUUCUCGCCCGACUCCACGCAGGUCGCCUCCGCUUCCGACGACGAGACCGUCAAGCUGUGGGACACCAGCAGCGGCGAAUGCCUACAGACGCUGCGGGGCCACGAAGGUUGGGUCAAUUCGGUCGUCUUCUCGCCCGACUCCACGCAGGUCGCCUCCGCUUCCGACGACGAGACCGUCAAGCUGUGGGACACCAGCAGCGGCGAAUGCCUGCAGACCUUAAAUGAUUAUGGUGACUCAAUAAUAAUAUUUGACACCAUAAACUCAUGUCUUCAAACUAAUCGAGGUAUUUUUACCUUACCUUUCCCCACAAACCUGGGAUCUUCUCAAAAAGGUUUGGAAGAACCAUACUCAGAAGGAUUUGGACUGAGUUCUGAUAGAACCUGGAUCACAUGGAAAUCGGUGAAUCUAUUGAAGUUGCCAUUGGUACACAACGUUUCAGCCGUUACUUUUGCUCGAUCAACUAUUUGCAUUGGUUUCCAAUCAGGACGAUUCUUGAUACUAAAGUCUGAUUGA